UCUACAACACGGAUCUUCCACUGACAGUAGCAGCAGCCAGCAAUGUAACGAUUCCUGUUACCCUGCAUUGCCUUGUGAUCUCCAGACAAAUACGUUAUAGCCUACUCCUCAACACCUCAAUGAUAUUCACAGCACACGGUAGGCCUAAUUCAAAGACAUGGAGGGAAGCUAUGGAUAUUCGCGGGACUAUUUUGACCGCUUUAUUCAGAGCCAGGACUCCUCUGUGGUGAACAAGUUCCAGCAGAAGUACUGGAAGACCAAACAAACACUCAUCAAAGUGACGGGCAAGAAAGAGGACGAACAUGUGGUGGCCUCGGAUGCAGACCUGGAUGGGAAACUUGAGGUGUUCCACUCAAUCCAGAGAACAUGCAUGGAGCUUCUCAAGGUGAUCGAGCAGUACCAAAGGAGAAUCUGUAUGCUGUCCCAGGAAGAGAAUGAGCUGGGUCGCUUCUUACGCUCACAAGGGUCCCAGGACAAAACCAGGGCUGGGAAGAUCAUGCAGGCCACAGGGAAAGCUCUGUGCUUCUCCUCCCAGCAGCGAAUGGCACUGCGUAGUCCACUGGGUCGCCUCUACCAGGAAGUGGAGACGUUCCGAUACCGGGCCAUCUCAGACACAUGGCUCACGGUGAACCGCAUGGAGCAGUCCAGAACAGAGUACCGCGGAGCCCUCCUGUGGAUGAAGGACGUGUCCCAGGAGCUGGACCCAGACACACAGAAACAGAUGGAGAAGUUCCGGAAGGUUCAGGCCCAGGUGCGACUGACAAAGACAGGUUUUGACAAACUGAAAAAUGACGUUUGUCAGAAAGUGGAUUUACUUGGAGCUAGUCGAUGCAACCUCCUUUCACAUGUCUUAACAACCUACCAGACCACUUUGUUGCACUCCUGGGAGAAAACAUCCCACACUAUGGCAGCCAUUCACGAGAGCUUCAAAGGCUGUCAGCCUUAUGAGUUUUCAACACUAAAGACUCUUCAGGACCCCAUGGAUCAGCUGUCCAAUCACGGAGCGAAGAAGAAAGGGAGGAAGAGAGCCAAGGUCAAGGCAAAGGAGGGGGAGGCCACCCAGACGGCAGACGACCUCCUGGUUUCGGUAGACGACGAGAAUCAUAAUGAGGACGCCUCACAAACCGCUAAAGAUUCCUGUGAAGACGUGGACCAUAGUAAAGAUGUCACAGGUUUGGAUGACCUGCUGGGCGACACGCCAGAGAAGGAUGGCAUUGCUCUGCUGAACGAGAUCCUCAACAGCACGUCCCUGGAGGAGAGCGACUUCUCCCGUGAGUGGCGCGAGGUGUUCGGCGAGGGGGAGCUGAGCGACAGCCCGUCUAAAACGGGACAGUGCCAGUCUGAAGACCCCCCCUCCUUCUUCCUGCCAUCCUUCUUGCUGGACCAGGACCAGAACAUGAACAGUCUUCAGUCUUCUGCCACAGAUUGGGCCACGGACAUUCCACAGUCUGUCUCCACAGCGGCGGAGCAGUCAUCUGGAGCCAAUCAGAACUCCUCCAGGCCCGCAGCGAGAGAAAUGCCUGAAAGCUCCAAGGACCUCUCAGCCUGGUUCAACCUCUUCGCUGAUCUGGACCCCCUCGCAAACCCAGACGCAAUUGGGAGAACAGACAAGGAACAGGAGCUGCUGAAUGCCUAGGUGCUUCCACACAACACUCUGGGUCACUACUGGUCAGUCAAACUGUUAAGGUGGCACAUGUGAACAAUAUCCCCAUCAGACAAACUUCACCCAAUCCUGCUGUUUCAAUCCUGCUAGACGUUUAGAGCCAUUGUUUGCUGUGUAAGGGUUCGGUUAAGACGAGAGGAUACAAGCGUUGUGGUCAACCAAAGGAUUAUGACUUUCUGUUGAAUGAAAUGUUGAUUGUGUUGUGUCAUGUUUGUUUCUCAGUGCCAUUUCUCCUGUUUGUGCUGAAUGGCAUGCAGGAUGUAGUCUUAAGCCAUUGCUAUUUAAAUAUAGUUGAGAAGAACUUGGUUUUGAUUCAAGUACAUUUUGUUUGUGUUCUAGAUGUACUGCAUGCCUCAUGUUAUAUUUCACAUUUGUAUUCUAUUUGGGACACUGAUUAUUACUGAAAACGGGAAAAACUUCAUAUAAUGGUUUGUGGAGUGAGAAAUUCAGGUUAUCUUGUGAAUUAUAAUGCCCCACAAAGACAGAUGUAAAUGACAUAUUUGCAAUAUGCCCUGUCUGUGAAAUGAGAUGGAUAUCCAUGUGGGACUGACACGUACUGGGCUAGCUGCAACAUUAUACUCUCUCUUACCAGGCUGCUCCUUUGAACACAAUAUAUUCCUCCAACAAUACCAGUGGGACAAAGAAAAAUACUAGCCUGACUCUCGCCAGAUCCUUGUUGUUCCGCCAUGCUCCACCAGAGGCGUUUCGCUGAGCUCAGCGAACUACAAGGAUCUGGCGAGAGUCAGGUUAGAAAAAUACAGCCAUAUGUAUAAUAUGGUUUAUGGACAAAAUAGAACAAUUUUCAAAUAGUUUAAAGCCACAUUUUUACUUUAACAAAUCUAAAUUAUUUAAGCAGUUGCUGCACUAUAUAUAUAUGCCUUACAUUUGCAAAUGGCUUGACCAAAUACGCAUUCAAUAAAUUAAACGUAUUGACUGAAAGGAUUUUAGUUCAUCAGUUUAGCAGAAGCAUAUCUAAGUGCCAUUAACAAAGCAGAUAUCUCAUGGAUGUUUUAUUUACAUUCACAAAUAACCACAGAAUUGUAUUGCUACGGUCUACAGUAUGUGCAAUACUUUCGUUUCAUAGCCAAUCAUUGUGAGACUGUGUCUGUGCAUGUCAAAGAUUGUAUGAAAUCCUUUAUGGUAAUAAAUAAAGUUAUUAAACAAUUGUGUUGCCU